AAAGUAAACUCACAAAAAGUGCAAACUCUGGUACGGAAAUUGAUAACAUUUUCUACUGAUUAAAUUACCGUCAGGGGACAAAAAAAUAUCACGAAAGUAACCGGAAAAGGCGUUAUCCCUUAUCGAUCUUUCCCCGAGCAAAGACCACGCGUGUGAACCGCUUUGUGUGCAAUGUACUACGAAAAACUUUACCACUGACGAAAAUUUCCACUAAAGUGCUGCGGAUUAAUCGAUACCGUAAUUAGAACCCCACGCGCCCUCGAAAAUGUCCUCCCCGCGGCAACCCAUCGACGACCUGUACCGGCAGCAGGACUUUUACAUUGGGCUCUCGCUGGCCGUCUCGAGCAGUUUGUUCAUCGGGUCGAGCUUCAUCAUCAAGAAGGUGGGCCUGAUCCGGUUGUCCCGCGUCAGUUCGAUGCGGGCUAGCGCCGGAGGAUUUGGCUACCUUCGGGAUUGGGUCUGGUGGGCGGGACUGAUUUGCAUGGGCAUCGGCGAGGCGGCCAACUUUGCCGCGUACGCGUUCGCCCCGGCCUCUCUGGUCACUCCGCUGGGGGCGCUCUCCGUCAUCGUGACCGCCGUACUGGCCACCAAAUUCCUCAAGGAACGCCUCAACCUACUGGGGAAGCUCGGCUGCUUCCUGUGCAUCAUCGGAUCGACGAUAAUUGUGAUUCAUUCGCCGAAGGAAGGGGAGGUUGAUGAUUUGAACUUGCUGCUGGAUAAGUUGCAAGAUCCGACGUUUAUCUCUUAUGUGUUGGUGGUGUUGGCGGUUGCGCUGGUUCUUGGGUGUUGUUACGGACCGCGGUACGGGCACAAGCACGUGAUCGUUUAUAUCUUGCUGUGCUCGGCGGUUGGGAGCUUGACGGUGAUGUCGUGCAAGGCGCUCGGACUGGCGCUGCGAGACACGCUGUCGGGGAAGUCGAACGACUUUGGCAUGUGGUUGCCUUAUUUUUUGAUCGUGGUAACGGUGAUCUUCAUUGGGAUUCAGGUCAACUAUCUGAACAAGGCGCUGGACAUUUUCAACACGAGUAUUGUGACGCCGAUUUACUACGUGAUCUUCACCACGCUGGUCAUCACGGCUUCGGCGAUACUGUUUAAGGAGUGGGGCCGCAUGAAGGCGGAGGACAUUAUCGGCGAUCUGUGCGGCUUCUUCGUGGUGAUCGUGGCGGUGAUUCUGCUGAACGCGUUCCGCGACGUGGACAUUUCGCUGAACGACGUGAAGGGCAUUAUGCGGCCGAAGCGGGAGCUGCUGCAGUCCCACAAGGGGGAACGGUACGAGGACUUUUUGGUCGAGUCGGAACACAACGGGUCGCAGAAGCACUACGGAACCGGGGACUAUCGGGACAUUUGAUACGACAAGAUGCCCUGAAGAGGGGGCGGUGGUGUGGCUUGAGUGCGCGAGUGUGUGUGUUUGUUUUGAGCUUUAUUAUCCCUUAAUUAGUGAUAUCUGAUGGCGAGUGAAGAAUAAAACCACUUUUAAAUCUCUA